UUUGUGGACAGAUGGACCAGUUAACAUACUUGGUGUUGUUGUCCCAGAAAAUCUGGAAGAUCUAGGCUCAGUAAAUUAUGAUAAUCGACUAAGAAAGCUGGACAAAAUUAUGCAAUUAUGGAAAGGGAAAUUCCUAACCUUGUAUGGUAAAAUGUCUAUUGCCAACUCGUUAAUUAUUCCUCAAUUUAUUUAUUUGUUUUUGUCAUUACCAGCUCCAUCACAAAACUUUUUUAAGAUUUAUGAGCGGAGGGUCUUCGAUUUUGUCUGGAACGGCAAACCAGAAAAGAUUAAAAGAAAGGUUUUGUACAAAGAGUAUGAAUAUGGGGGCCUGAAACUUCUCAACCUUGAAGCUAUGUGUCUGUCUUUAAAAGCAUCAAUUGUUCCAAAGAUGUAUUUAAACAUUGAGUGGUACACAAAUGUCCUGUUGGACAAAAAACAUGUACUGUAUCAAAAGAAAUGGUAUCCUUUUUUACAAGUGAUCCCCUCCCAGAGAGUCUGCUGGGAAACAUAAAGGAAACAAUCCACUCAUAGUGGUGUUUUCAAUUUUAUGUGCCAGAAAAAAGAGACAAUAUUUUGCAGCAGUUAAUAUGGAUGAACUCUAAUAUUGUAAUAGAUGGAAAGCCUUUCUUUUGGAAAAAUAUGUUUGAAAGAGGAAUCAUUUUUGUCAAUGAUAUUAUCAAUGAGAAUGGUAAAAUUAUGAAGUAUGAUGAAUUUAGAGCUAUGUAUGGUGAUGCUUGCUCAAGCUUUUCAUUUGAUCAACUAACUGGAGUAAUUGGGAAAAGAUGGAAACAAAUAAUUAAUUAUGGAACUACUAAAUUAUUAGUUUGUGAAACCUCUAAUAAGAAAUUCUAGUUGGCAAAAAGGAACUAAAAUAAAUAGAAAAAUAUAUAAUUUUUAUUUAAUAAAGAAAUCUUUGAAGGCUGCCUCAUACAACACAAAUGGAAAAUGGGAGGACUUUUUUGACUGCCCGUUGCCAUGGGAUGCCAUAUUCAAACUAAUCUAUAAAACCACUAUCGAUGUGCAAAAUCGUUAUUUUCAAUAAAAUUAUUUAUAACUUCCUACCCACAGGGAAAAUGUUAAAAUUAUGGAAUAUGACAGAGUCAGAUGAUUGCCGAUUUUGUUGUCAGGAGCCUGAAUCCACCCUGCAUUUGUUUUGGUAUUGUCAUAAUGUGUCUUUGUUUUAGUGCGGUGGGUUAGCGCACAUUUUUAGGCGUACCGUUACGGAGCGGAUAAAAGCGCCAAUUUUUUUACAGGCCUUCUUUAUGACCUACUGAAGGAUUUUAGAAGGGUACUCAAACUUAAAUAUUGAAAAUACCCAUAUAGUGCACAAAAUUGUUUAAAAAAUGUUAUUCCGGAGUCAUAAAAGGUAUAUUGCUGAUAAAUUGUUGUUUUUUUCCACUUAGGAAGGUAAAUUUGCUUUUAAUUGGGUCCAGUGAUGGAUAAACAUUCAAAAUGAUGUCUAAAAUGCAUUACCAAGGCACCUGGUACAGGUACAUCCUCCAUAAAGUCCUGUACAGUAUAGGCGGAAUUAAGAAAAAAGCUGAAAAAAUGUCAUGUUCUGCAUGUAGUGUGGGUAAAGACAUUCUCUAUUCAUUUUGUAAUUAGAAUUAAUCAUGAAGUUGUUCAUAAUCGCAACUACUGUUUCAAUAUACAUUCACAACACCAGAUGGCGAUAUAUAAACUAGCCUGCAUGAUCACAAUAAGUUCCAGCCUGAUCACAUGAUCACAUGAUCACUGUGCAGUUCAGCAUCACACAGAGCUGCAAUCAAGCAGGUGUUCAUCAGGUAAAUAUAACAAUAAUAAUGCUUUGAGAAUGAGCUGUAUGUUGCUUAACAAAGCAUAAGGAAAGUUAAAAAGAUUAGCUAGGCUACCUAUUUUAGACAUCUAAUGUUAUCAGCACAUGUUUUUUUGCUGCAACCAAGGUUAAGAUAGAUGAUGUAAAUCAUGUGAUCCCUGUCACUGCAUUUGAUCAGCCUCUGUUUGCUCUGGCUAAGCUUGUACAAUGGAAAUGGCCGAACACCCAUGGUGAAAGAGUUCAUGUAGUUAUGCUGGGAGGAUUACACACAGAGAUGGCUCUCUGGAAUACACUUGGCGAUCUCCUAGAGGGCUCUGGUUGGACGACAGCACUGAUUGAAGCAGAAGUGGCAUCAAGUGGCAUGGCUGAGUCGUUUCUGAAAGCAGCACACCUAACACGAACCAGGCAUGCACACCAGGUCACUGUCUUGACACUGCACAAUCUACAACAGGAGGCUUUCAGGGUUAGUGCAGGCCCCAAAGAUGAAGAGUCCUUCAUGGCUUGGAGAAACAACAUGCUGAAGAAGAGUCCGACGUUCAUGUUCUGGGAUCUGAUCAUGAGAUAUGAAACCCUCAUUCUCAUCUUCAUAAGGGCACACAGAGAGCAGAAUUUCCUACUGUAUGUAGAAGUGCUUGAAGAACUGGCCCCUCUAUUCUUUGCCUUGGACCAUGUGAACUAUUCAAGAUGGUUGCCUGUCCAUAUCAGGGACAUGAAGUCUUUGCCCGACUCUAUCAAGGACGAGUUUGAGAAGAAUUCUCACUGGGUUCUUUCAAAGACAUCUAACAGGUUUUCUGCAAUCCCACUGGACCAAGCUCAUGAACAAGAGAACAAGAAUGUGAAAGGUUCAGGUGGUGCGGUUGGCCUCACAGAAAAUCCAACUGCCUUCAGAAGAUGGAUGCUCACAGGCCCAGAAAUGGCAAGAUUGAUAAAGGAAUUUGAAGAGGAAUAUCUCCAAGAUGACAAAGAGAGCUUCCAGCACCAUGAGCAGGGUCUUGGCACACAGAAGACAUUCCAGAGACAGGUCAACAGUCUGUCAGAUACCAUAAGGCGUAUGGGAAACCCUUUCCUGGAUGUCUUCGAGGAACUUGUGACUCUUGAUAGUCGCAACUGCGCAGAUAAAUUAGUCGCAAAUACCAUGCUCAUCCUGGAGGACACAGGGAAGAGACAAUAUCAGGAGUUUGUCAAGAAGGUGCUUGAUGAACGCACACAAUCUAUCCAUGAUCCGAUUAAAAGGAAUUCCUUGGCAGUCUUCAGGCAACCUAGACGCAAGACAAUGUCUAAAGAUGGGAAAAAGAUUAAAGUGCUUCAGAACAACGUGGCACUCUUUGGCCAGCUAUAUGUAGCUAUGCAGAGCCGUGAGAGUAAUUUGGAUGAAUUCUUUACACAUGAGGUGCAGUCCUUCCCUCCAUCUCUCUCAGACUUUGGAAAACUUCAUCUGACAGGCACCAAAUCAGACCUGCUACAAUGUCUUGAGCAGCCAGAACAAUCAGAGCCACCCUCAACCUAUGACUUCAAAGUCCUAGAUGGGGCAGUAAUUGUCCACUGCCUGCCCACUAUUAGAGUGAGCACGUUUGAUGCUUAUGCAAAUGAGGUUUUCAUCCCCUACCUGCAGAAGCAGCUGCAGGAUGCAAAACGAUUGGAUGUUGUAUGGGACACGUACAUCCCUGACAGCUUGAAGGAGUCCACCCGAGAAAAAAGAGGACGUGGUGUUCGCAGGAAAGUGUCAGGCCCGACAAAGUUGCCAGGCAACUGGAUGGACUUUCUUCGCGACCCAAUCAACAAGAAGGAGUUGUUUGAUUUCUUGACAUCCAAGAUCCAAGAGUUCAGCUGGCCACCAACCAAAGCUGUGUAUGUCACAUCGGGGCAAGCGGUGUCAGGACAAGCUUUUGGUUCCACUAGCAUGAUGGACUGUUGCAACCAUGAGGAGGCAGACACAAGGAUAGUGGUCCAUCUACAAUGCGCAUUGAAGGAGGGAGCAAAGACAGUUCUUGUGCGAACUGUGGACACUGAUGUCAUCGUGAUCCUUGCUGGUUUAUUUUAUGAUUUGGUGGUGCUUCAACCAUUGACUGACAUCUGGGUGGCUUUUGGCAUGGGAAAAAGGUUCAGAUAUUACCACAUAAACCACAUCUGCAAAAGCCUGGGGGAACCCAAAUCACAAGGUCUGCUUAUGUUCCACGCAUAUUCAGGUUGUGACACAACAUCUGCAUUUAACGGAAAAGGCAAGAAGUCAGCUUGGAGGGCCUGGCAAGCCUAUGAUGCUGCUACAGAAACAUUUAUGUAUCUGGCAAAGCAUCCAUUCCAGGAACUAAAAGUUGACUCUGAGCAUUUCCAGACACUUGAGAGGCUGACUGUGAUCCUGUACAACAGAUCCAGUCCUUUGAACUCCAUCAGUCAAACAAGGAAGGAACUCUUCUGUCAAGACAGUCGGCCGAUGGAGAGAUUACCUCCCACGCAGGAUGCCCUACUCCAGCAUGUAAAACGGGCUGUGUUUCAGGCAGGAAUCUGGGCAACCAGCACAGACACACAGCAAGUGAUUCCUUCUCCAAAGGACUUUGGAUGGACCAAGGACGAAACAGGGUCAUGGGUUCCAGUUUGGAUAACCAUUCCCGAGGUCUCCAUUGCCUGCAGAGAGCUGAUAAAAUGCUCAUGUAAAGGUGACUGUUCCAGCUGUAAAUGCAGCAAUGCUAAUAUUGACUGUUCUCCACUUUGCAAAUGCAACUGCUGCAAAUAGACACCAGAUUACUUCAUAGUGUAGUAAGAAGAGUCAUCCAGGCCAUUGGUCCUCAGCCCCCAUGCUGAUCAUGUGCACCAGCUGACUUGCCCCUUUAAUUUAUUUUUGGCCUCAAUCAGAGUUCUAACAUUAUAAUUGCAUUAAAGGUUUUAUGGAUAAUACUUCAUGUGCUGGGUCUUGAAUCAUCAUCUGAAAAUGAUACUUUUUGCUAUUUCCGUCCAUAAUGAGGCCUUAUUUGAAAGCCAAAUGGUUCAUAAUGGAAUCAAAUAUUGGCAUUCUGGCUGUUCUGGGAUGUGAAGACACUACCUGUAGACACCCUGUGCAAGUAUGAUGUAAAAACUAGCAGCAGGAGGACACAUGACAAGAAUUAGUCCUUUUUUAGUAUAGGCGUUUUUUGCAGUUAUUGAUCAAAAUAACUUAUGUGCACUAUAAAGGUAUUUUCAAUAUUUAAGUUUGAGUACCCUUCUAAAAUCCUUCAGUAGGUCAUAAAGAAGGCCCAUAAAAAAUUUGGCGCUUUUAUCCGCUCCGUAACGGUAAUGUCACUAAGCCACCAGACUAUUUUGGGUGGAAGUUGAAAAAAUGUGUUUAAGGAUUGGUUUGUUUAUGAAGCUUAAUGUGGUUUCUGUUAUUUUAGGAGAGUUCAUUGACAAUCAUGAUUUAGUCAAUUUAAUUAUAGUACUCGGUAAAAUGUUUAUUUUUAAGGCCAAAAACAGAUAUUCACUUAGUAUUACUUUCUUUAAAACAUUUAUUCAGUAUUUUCUAACUUUAGAAAGUUACAUGGUUGAAAACGAUAAUGAUGCCAAAAAACAUUAUUAAAAAGAUGAGAAGUCCUCAAAGGCUUAUUUUGAAAGUAUAAUUAUAUUUAUAGAUUAUAUGAUAUCUGUUGUUGUGUUCCCUAAUUUGAGUGACCUGGACAUAAUCUGGACUGUACAUAAAUGCUUAUUUUGAAAAUGUAAUUUUGUUUAUAAAUUAUAUGCAAUCUGUUGUGUUCCCUAAUUUUUUUCUGUGUACAUGAAUGAAGGUGUGUGUU